AUGAAACAAGUAACUUUAACUUUACGUAUGGUUGCAAUUUCUCCUUUUCACUAUAAGACUUUAGAAGCUUUUAUUGCUGAUGGAAGUUAUCUUGAACUAGACAAUUAUAUUUUUAAAAGAGAAGAAGGAGGUUUAGCUCAAUAUAGGGAAGAUUUAUUACGCAAUUUAGUUCAGCAAGGUGAAGAAUUUUUGAAUAAAAAUCCUAAUUGUGGGACAACACCACUUUUAUUGAGAGCAACAGCGAAAAGCAUUUUCAGUGAAUAUAACAAGAUAUUUCAAGUAGAUGAUAAUUCAGUGAUUAUAAUGGAUGGUGACGAUGAAGGGCUUUUUGCAUGGUUCACAGUUAAUUAUCUCCUUGAUAGAUUAAACAAUCUUGAAAAUUCGGUAGCAGUUUUAGAUUUAGGUGGUGCAUCUUUACAAAUCACCUAUUUCCCAACUCAUGAACAUAAAAUACCAAAUAAUACUAGAUUUAUAAAAGAGUAUUCAAUUAUGGGAACAACGAAAAAAUUGUAUAACCAAAGUGCAGAAGAUUCAAAUAGAAGUCCUAUUAUGCAUUACCUUAGUUGUAAAAAUUAUAUUGAAACUGUUGUUAAACAAUCUGUUGAAUCUGUACAUUUAGAUAAGAAUAUAGUAGCAAUUUCUUUUUUUUACUAUCAAGUUUUAAAUGCUAAUCUGAUUGGUGAGAAUGGAGGAGAUGUUACUUUACAACAAAUUGAAAAAGUUGUAAAACGAUUUUUACCCUCGGAAGAUGUAGAAAAUGCUUUUGCUUAUUUAAUUGAUAAUAGCCCUACUGAUAAUUUUGAAUUCACUGAUUUUAUACUGAACAAUUUCAUAUCACUUGAUGCCAAUUUUCCAUAG